AAGAGGCAGCGGCUUGAGGAGAGAGACAUUAUGUCAUUGAAGGUGCAGACAAGCAACAUCACGAACAAGAAUGACCCCAAGUCCAUCAACUCCAGAGUCUUCAUUGGCAAUCUCAACACAGCCGUGGUCAAGAAGUCAGAUGUGGAGACCAUUUUCUCCAAGUAUGGCCGAGUGGUGGGCUGCUCCGUUCACAAGGGCUAUGCCUUCGUACAGUACUCCAACGAGAGGCACGCACGUGCUGCUGUCCUGGGUGAGAACGGGCGUGUGCUUGCAGGCCAGACGCUUGAUAUCAACAUGGCCGGGGAACCUAAACCCAACAGACCUAAAGGGCUGAAGAGAGCAGCCUCCGCGUUGUACAGCGGCUACGACUUCGACUAUGACUAUUACAGAGACGACUUCUACGACAGGCUCUUUGAGUACCGGGGCCGAGUCUCUCCAGUGCCCAGGGUGGUUCCUGUGAAGCGGCCGCGGGUCACCAUCCCCCUCGUCCGGCGCGUGAAGGCAACGCUCCCUGUCAAGCUCUUCGCCAGAUCAGCUGCCAUCGCCAACAGCUCGGCCAAGCUGAAGCUGAAGUGCAGCGAGCUGCAAACAAUCAAAACUGAGCUGACACAGAUCAAAUCCAACAUUGAUGCUCUCCUGGGCCGACUGGAACAGAUCGCUGAAGAACAGAAGAUGUCCACAGAGGUACGGAAGAAGGCAGAUGGCAGCAAAAGUGAAAUCUCACAGGAAGACACAGCAUCAGAGGCAGAGGUCAACACGGAGGAGCCGCUGAACGGGGACGAGGGUGAGGAAGAGGGUCUCGCACGGGAUGAGUGUGAAGAUGAACUGGAGAACAGCCAUUACACAGAUGUGGAGGAUGCCAGACUACAGUAACCAGCCCAUUGAGAACAGCAGUGAGCAACAGUGUGAGGAAAGCACGAGGCUAAACCCUGUCCUGGCACGUUGAGCAAGACAAGCUGAAUCGAAGUGCUGCUGUCAUCUCUACCUGGCAUUCAAAAGGAGAAACAUGGCCCAACAUCUUCCAUCCAUCUGUAAAGCAAAGACAAAGAAAACUCAUCAUCCCAGUGAAUCCCCACUACCCCGUGCAAUGGAUUCGGAGCUCUGCAGCCAGCAGAGGCAGGAACCAAACCCUGCACAAUCCAUAACCAUCACUGACUGGAUAACGGGAGAGCGGUUGUGUCACCAAAUGAGUCAGAGGUGUUAAAGAGCUUUUUGUAGGAGAGGAGGGAGAACGAAGCCUAAUCCAAUAAAGACAUUGUUUCCCGUGCUAGGUGAGAGCCAGAGCAUUUGCUAACUGGGGGAAAAGGACUGUCUCAGUUUGGACAAUUUGUGUUCUCACGCUAAGGUCACGUUGAGGAAGAGGGUGUGGGGUGAGCU